AUGGAUCAUAAACUGUGUGGAAGGUUUGAUCAUUUGAGAAAAAGCUUAUCUGAUGAAUUAAACAAAUCUGCAAAUCUUGAUUUUUAUAGUAAUGGGAGUAUUAGGGAUUACUGCCCUAAUGGAGAUUCAGGAGGCAAUAAAGAAUGUAAGACCGAGCUUGAUAAAAUUAAGGCUGGAUUUAUAUGGUUAUUUGAACAAAAUAUUGUUAAUAGGGUUAGUAAUUUAAGCAAAGAACAGACUGAUAUAUUUAUUAUAUACAUUAUUAUAUGGUUCAAUUAUAUGAUAAACCUAAAACCAGAUAAUAACACCAAUAACCUAAAUGAUUUUUAUACUAAAUAUACAGAAGGUAACACGCAUUAUAAUUAUUGUAAAAAAAAUAAUAAUGAUUGUAGUAAUACAUUAAAAGAAAAAAUGGGAUAUAAGAGUUUUAAGGAAAUCAUAGAUAAAAGAAAGGAUUUGUUGAAUAAUAAUUUUGAAUAUAUGCCUAAAUUGUAUGAUGCAUUUAAAUUAUUAUGUAAAAUGUAUACUGAACUUGAUGCAAGCGAUAAACAAUCUAAGAAAUAUUUAGAAAAUGCUAAAAAUUUUGUUGACAAAUAUGAUGAACUUAAUGUUUCUGAUAUUGCUGAAGAUAAUCCUUAUUAUCAAGUAUUGUCUACAUUAUCAAAUGAUUAUAAUAACUUUAAAAAUUAUUGUGAAAAAAAUAAAGUUGAUUGUAGCGAUAUUCCAUCACUUUCAUCGAUAAAAACAACAAAAAAUUCGGAAGAAGUUUCUGAACUUUCCGAACUUUCUGAACAGAGUUUUGAAGAUACAUCAUCAAGUUCGUCGGUAACAAACAAAUUAAUUCCAGUUUUAUCUAUAUUUGGUGCAACAGCAAUUUUUUUGGGAAUUUCUUAUAAGUAUUCGUUAUUUGGAUUUCGGAAACGAUCUCAAAAACAACAUUUAAGAGAAAAGCUAAAAAAAUAA